GCUGAUUUUAUUUAUUUUUUCUAGAUAGCUGAUAUGCAAGUAUUAGAUGAUUUUAAGGAUCUUAAAGUAGGGAAAAGUUUUAACAAUAGUUCAGAUUCUUCAUUUCAUACUAUUCGCUAUGACUUUAAGCCUGCUUCAAUUGAAGAUACUGGUAUAGGACAAAUGAAAAUUGAAAAUGGAAAUAGAGUCACUGCUGUGUUGCCAAAUAUUGAUGGUGCAAUUAAGACCCAUACAACUUAUUGUGGUUCUCAAAAAUCGAUACCUAAGGAAUGCUUGUUAAUUAUUGACCAUGAAACUGGUGAAAUCACAAUUGAAAAAUUAUCAACAGCAAUCCAACUUAAGAAAAUAAGACCAACGAAUACACUGGGCCCGAAAUCAGCGCCUCCCCUCAACUCUAACGGCAACGCAACAGCCCAACUUAAUAGUUCAAAACUUAAAAAUAUUAACGUCGAGCCCGUGGUUCCCCCAACCGCUAACAUCAUCUCACCGCCUGCCGUAUUACUAAAUGCAGGCCCGCCUGCCCUAAAACCGAAGUCCUCACCAACCAAUUUAACGGUCGACAGCCUCGUUACCAACAAGUCAUCUAACGUUAAAAUAGACGUUCUGAAUGAGCCAAUCUGCGUUUCCCUUAGUAACAAUAAUUCCGUUAACUCGCAAAUCAGUAAAAAUAACGCGGCAAUAACAAAUAACUCGCAAGAGGUUGUAAACAAUUAUAAAAGGAAUUACAGACUAUCCGCCACCACCGAUUCAGACGAAAAUGACUCAGAAACUGCUAAUGCUAAUAAGAGAGACGCCAAAUGUGUUACAGCUCCCCUAUCGCAUCCACGAAGAAAGGAAGGUGAAAGCGGCAAGAAGAUGAAGAACAACGAAGCGUCGGCCUCUGAAUUGCUCAAGUCUAGUCUAGAUAAAAGAGACCAUACUUUAGUUCACCAAGAUACUAACAAGCCCACUCCUGCAACGUCUCCAAAAUUGGUUGCGCCCUCUUCCGCCAGCUCUCGCAGCUCUUCCGCCUCUUCUCGUAAUUCCCGCACUUCCCGUUCCUCUUCUAAUUCUUCCGGCAAAAGCUCGAAAACCUCUAAAACCUCCAAAAGCACUAAUUCGCGUUCCUAUCAUUCCUCUUCUUCAUCGGAAUCUUCUUCGGAUCAAAAAAAUGAUCUGAGACCCAAGAAAAAUUCAGAUAAAUCGACUCCCACACACGAUACCGAAAAAAAUUGUCGAAAUAUUCAAAAUAAAGACGAUCAAAGUAAUCACACGAAAGAAUCCAACAACGUCAACGUUUAUUCUAACGCCAAAGAUAAUGUCGGAAAUUUUUUGGGUAAACGCGAUAAAAGUAAAGAAAAGACCGUCGUUAAUCCUACCAUCGCGACUAGUAAAAAUAGCCAAACAACGCCCAAGUCUCAUCACGUUCCUAGUGGAGUUGGGAAGAGACACGCUGUCGAUUUAGAUGACGAUUUGAAACUCAGCGAGAGUGACAGUCAAAGUGACAGCGAUUAGGAUUUGCCGCGCAAUUUUUCUUUAGAGUAAACCUUUUGUUGUUUUUUUCACUCAAAGAAUAUUCCAACUCAAAAAUUUUAAAUAUUUAAAUUGCAAUAUAUAGAAGUUAAAUAAUGUUUAAAUAUAUUACAAUUUCCAAAUUUUUAUCCACAAGGGAUUGAGUAUGUUUUUCCUAAACUUAAAAAUUUAUAGAAUCUAAUUUAUGACUUUUGAUGGUUGAAGGUAGAUGGAUUAACAUGUAUUCUUAUUAUAAUAUUAUAUGUUAUACGAUUAGUCAAACCAUUAAACUUUAGUUUCAAUUCAACUUUUUUUUUAUUUGUGCACAAACUUCAUAUCACAAUAAUUUAGUUCACUCCAAACAAACAUGAUAUAUGCAUCAAAAAUUAU